GCUCCGCGGGGCAGUUGAGGCGGCCUCGACGCCAGGCCGGCGACAUGCUGCGCAAGCUGACCCUCGACCAGAUCAACGACUGGUUCACCAUCGGCAAGACCGUGACGGAUGUGGAGUUGCUGGGCUCGCCGCCCGCCUUCCCGGCCGAGGCGGCCAGGGACGAGGCGCAGCGCCGGGACUCGGCCCCCAGGUUCGGCCCCGCGGCCCAGGCCCAGCCGGCGGCGGCAGCGGCGGCGCCCAGGAGGCCGCUUAGCCGGAAGAGCUCAGAAAUGGAGUAUAUUAACAAAUACAGACAGCUUGAAGCACAAGAAUUUGAUAUGUAUGGCAGUGAUCAGUCACCCAGCAGGCCAGGUCCGAGGCCAGCUUUGACUAAAUUAAACAAUAUGACAUGCAUCCCAGAGACACAUUAUAAAUACCCUGAUUUGCCUAUAAAUCGAUGUAAAGAAGAGGUUAUUUCUCUGAUAGAAAGUAAUUCUGUGGUGAUUAUACAUGGUGCCACGGGUAGUGGUAAAAGUACUCAGCUCCCACAAUACAUCCUGGAUCAUUACAUUCAGCGCUCUGCCUACUGCAACAUUGUGGUGACCCAGCCUCGGAAGAUUGGAGCCAGCAGUAUUGCCAGGUGGAUCAGUAGAGAGCGGGCCUGGACAUUAGGUGGUCUGGUAGGUUAUCAGGUGGGGUUAGAGAAAAUAGCAACAGAGGACACCAAGUUAAUUUAUAUGACAACGGGGGUCCUUCUUCAGAAAAUUGUUAGUGCCAAGAGUUUGAUGGAGUUCACCCAUGUCUUCAUUGAUGAGGUUCAUGAACGAACUGAAGAUAUGGAUUUCUUGCUGCUGGUAGUCCGCAAACUUUUAAGAACAAAUUCACGUUUUGUGAAGGUAAUCCUAAUGUCGGCCACCAUUAACUGUAAGGAGUUUGCAGAUUACUUUGCUGUUCCUGUUCAGAAUAAGAUGAACCCUGCAUAUGUUUUUGAAGUGGAAGGAAAGCCCCAUUCAAUUGAAGAGUAUUAUCUUGAUGAUUUGGGGCACAUUCAUCAUGGCAGGCUUUCUCCUCAUGUCCUGGAAGAGCCAGUGAUUCCUAAGAACAUCUAUGAAGUUGCUGUGUCCCUGAUCCAGAUAUUUGAUAACUUGGAUAUGCAAGAGAGUGGGCUUCCCAUCUGUAACAGGAGCAAGACCUGGUCGGGUGCCCAGUUUGUGUUGGAGCGGAGCAGCGUGUUGGUGUUUUUGCCAGGUCUGGGUGAAAUAAACUAUAUGCACGAACUUCUCACAAACAUGGUUCACAAAAGGUUACAGGUUUAUCCACUCCAUUCAAGUGUGACUUUAGAAGAACAGAAUAAUGUGUUUUUAAGCCCAGUUCCUGGGUACAGAAAGAUUAUCCUGUCCACCAACAUUGCAGAGAGCUCCGUCACAGUUCCAGAUGUCAAAUAUGUUAUAGAUUUUUGUUUGACUAGAACUCUGGUUUGUGAUGAAGAUACGAAUUAUCAGAGUCUGCGUUUGAGUUGGGCCUCUAAAACCAGUUGUAAUCAGAGAAAAGGCCGCGCGGGACGAGUGUCUAAAGGGUACUGUUACAGGCUGGUCCACAGGGAUUUCUGGGACAGCUCCAUCCCUGACCAUGUCAUUCCGGAGAUGCUGCGUUGUCCCUUAGGAAGCACAGUAUUGAAAGUGAAAUUGCUGGACAUGGGUGAACCAAGAGCUUUGCUGGCAACUGCCCUUUCUCCACCUAGUCUGAGUGAUAUUGAACGAACCAUCCUUUUACUAAAGGAGGUGGGGGCACUUGCAGUGAGUGGACAGAGAGAAGAUGAGAACCCCCAUGAUGGUGAACUGACCUUCUUAGGAAGAGUUUUAGCCCAGCUUCCUGUUAAUCAACAACUUGGUAAACUCAUAGUUCUUGGACACGUAUUUGGCUGUCUAGAUGAAUGUCUUAUUAUAGCGGCAGCUCUUUCUUUGAAGAAUUUUUUUGCGAUGCCUUUUAGGCAGCAUCUUGAUGGAUACAGGAACAAAGUGAAUUUCUCUGGCAAUAGUAAGAGUGACUGUAUUGCACUUGUUGAGGCAUUCAAGACUUGGCAGACUUGCCGACAGAGUGGAGAACUGCGCCAUCCAAAGGAUGAACUUGACUGGGGGCGGUUACAUUACGUUCAGAUCAAGAGGAUCAGAGAGGUGGCUGAAUUAUAUGAAGAACUGAAGAAUAGGAUCUCCCAGUUCAACAUGUAUGUUGAUUCUCGGCGGCCUGUCAUGGACCAGGAGUAUAUAUAUAAGCAGCGGUUCAUCCUGCAGGUGGUAUUGGCAGGUGCUUUUUACCCAAAUUACUUCACUUUCGGACAGCCUGAUGAGGAGAUGGCGGUGAGGGAGCUGGCUGGCAAAGACCCAAAGACAACCAUCGUGUUGAAACACAUUCCUCCCUAUGGAUUUCUCUACUAUAAACAACUACAGUCUCUCUUUCGACAGUGUGGUCAAGUCAAAUCCAUUGUAUUUGAUGGUGCAAAAGCCUUUGUGGAAUUUUCACGUAAUCCAACGGAGAGGUUCAAAACUCUCCCAGCAGUGUAUAUGGCAAUUAAGAUGUCUCAGCUGAAAGUCUCCCUUGAACUGAAUGUCCACUCUGCAGAGGAGAUUGAAGGGAAGGUGCAAGGAGGGGCUGUCUCAAAGCUUAGGAGCACCAGGGUGAAUGUGGACUUCCAGAAGCAGACAGUAGAUCCUAUGCAAGUCUCAUUUAACACAUUAGACCCAUCUCAGACAAUUACAGAUCUCCUCCUAACAGUUGAUGUCACAGAGGUUGUUGAGGUGGGACACUUUUGGGGAUAUAGGAUUGAUGAAAAAAACUCCGAGAUUCUGAAAAAGCUUACUGCUGAAAUAAACCAACUGAAAUUAGUACCCUUGCCUGUCCACCCACAUCCAGACUUGGUCUGUCUGGCUCCUUUUGCUGAUUUUGAUAAAGAAAGCUACUUUAGAGCUCAAAUCCUUUAUGUUUCUGGAAAUUCUGCUGAGGUGUUCUUCGUGGACUAUGGCAAUAGAUCUCAUGUCGACCUGGAUCUUUUAAUGGAGAUUCCUUAUCAACUUCUUGAACUCCCAUUUCAGGCGUUGGAAUUUAAGAUUUGCAAAAUGCGCCCCUCUGCAAAGUCUCUCAUAUGUGGUGAGCACUGGAGCGGUGGGGCCAGCCAGCGGUUCGCCUCCCUGGUGAGUGGCUGUGCUCUCCUCGUCAGGGUCUUCUCUGUGGUGCACAGUGUCCUGCAUGUGGAUGUGUACCGGUAUGCGGGGGUCCAGGACACUGUCAACGUGAGAGACAUCCUCAUCAAGGAAGGCUACGCGGAGCUCGCCGAGGAGCCCUAUGAGUCCAAACAAAGCCACGAAGCUCUCAAGGGUCUCUUCUCCAAGUCCAUACAAAACAUGGCAGACAUGACUGUGUCAUCUCCCGUGAAGGAUGAUGAAAAGUACCUGAUCCGGGUUUUGUUAGAGAGCUUCUCUUCUAAUAAACUAGGUCCCCCCAACUGCAAGGCGAUACUUCACGGGCCUUUUAACCCUUAUGAACUGAAGUGUCAUAGUUUGACCAGAAUAUCCAAGUUCAGAUGCGUUUGGAUCGAGAAGGAAAGCAUCAACUCUGUUAUCAUCAGCGAUGCCCCUGAAGACCUUCACCAGAGGAUGCUGGUUGCAGCUUCCCUUUCUGUCAAUGCAACUGGGUCCACCAUGCUGCUGAGAGAGACCUCUCUGAUGCCGCAUGUUCCUGGCCUCCCUGCUCUCCUCAGUGCACUGUUUGCACCAGUGAUGGAGUUAAGGGUUGAUCGGGAUGGAAAAUGCUAUACAGGAGUCCUUUGUGGUUUGGGGUGGAAUCCAACUACAGGGGCUCCUAUACUGCCAGAGCACGACAUCGAGCUAGCGUUUGACGUUCAGUUCAACGUGGAGGAUAUUGUAGAGAUUAAUAUUCUCAGGGCUGCUAUUAACAAGCUAGUGUGUGAUGGACCAAAUGGAUCGAAGUUUCUUGGGCCGGAAAGAAUUGCACAGUUACAGGAUAAUGCUCGUCAGAAACUUCUAGGUUUGUUCUGUCAGUUGAAACCAAGACAGAGAGUUGUCCCUAAGUGGCAUGAAAAGCCAUAUGAAUGGAAUCAGGUUGACCCAAAGCUGGUCAUGGAGCAGGCUGACCGGGAAAGCAGCCGAGGGAAGAACACCUUUCUCUACCAGCUCCACAAACUGAUUGUUCUCAAUACCUAGCUGUGCCGGCAGCUGGUAUCCCAGUUCCUCCUGAAGGAACAGAGACCCACCCCAAACACAGCUGCAUUAAAGCAUCUGCAGAUGACUUUCUCUGUAUCUGAAUGUGACAGUCUUUGCCUGCUGCAUUCGAAAGGUCUUCUCCAUCCUGCUUCCUCUUCCAUGUGGGUGGUGGCUGGAGAGUGGUGUUUCUGUUCAGCUGGGAAGGAUUGGAAAGUCUUGUCUUUUCUAGAAACAGAAAAUCACUGUGUUAAAAGAUUUAGGGAAAAUCCACUGGCUGAAAGAAGACUUUGGAAAAGAGAUGUAUUUUGCUUUAAAUCUAUUAAGGUAAAUAUAAAUAGCUGAACAUGUAAGGUUCUGGCAUGUGCUAAUAUGUUCUGUUUCAUUACAGUGAUGUAACCUGGGAUAUAGGGGAACCACCAUCCCAAACCCCAGGUUACCACAAAGGAGAGCUGCGUGUUUCUUGUGGCAUUUUCUCAUUUUUUUUUCCAUGAGGGAAAAUAUUUAAGUUUGGUGAAACUAACUUUAGUUUUGUAUAUUUUAGAUUUUUAUCCACCUUAUAAUUCUAAGUCCAAAUUUUGGAAAUCAGGGAGAUUACCUGGCAACUAGUAUAUUUAUGUUAAAGCAAUAAAAGCAUUAGACUAA